AUGCCCGCUUCCCACCACGAUGCCCUCUCGUCGCAACCUGCCCUAGUAAACCGCGCAAUUGCCAUGCACCUCCUGCGUGAAGGCCAGUUCAACGUAGCCCAGACCUUCAUCGCAGAAGCAAAUGCAAAUCCGAAUGCCACUGCCACAAGAACUGCUUCAGAUGGGGAUAGCCUCAUGGAGAACGGACAAGACUCGCAUCUCUACGACAUGGACGGUGACAGCGCUGGUGCUCUGCAGUCAAGAUUUGCCCACAUGUACCUCGUCCUGGACGCCCUACGCAACAACCACGACCUGAAUCCUGCCAUCGACUGGGCUCGCCAACACAGCCAUCAACUCGAGCUGCGAGGUUCAAAUCUCGAGUUCGAUCUAUGCCGUCUACGCUUUGUCGAGCUCUACACCCGCCACCAUCCCAACGACCACAUGUCCGGCCCCCUGCAAGCUCUCGAGUACGCCCGCCAGACCUUCCCCAACUUUUCCGCUCGAUACAUGCGCGAGACGUCGUCUCUACUUGGCUCUUUAGCCUUUGCUCCCGCCCUGACCUCCUCACCUUACAAGACCGUCUUCUUCAACGAAGACGCCUGGGAACACGCAGCAUCCAGCUUCAUCCGCGAAUUCUGCGCCAUGCUGGGUCUGAGUGAAAAGAGCCCUCUGUACACCGCCGCAACAGCUGGCUCCAUCGCUCUUCCCGUCCUCGAGAAACUCGAGCGCGUCAUGGGCGAGGUCGGAGGCCAGUGGACCAGUGUCAAUGAACUGCCCGUCGAGAUCCCAUUACCACAUUCAUAUCUCUUCCAUUCCAUCUUUGUCUGUCCGGUCAGCAAAGAACAAGGAACCGAUGCCAAUCCUCCCAUGAUGCUGCCUUGCGGUCAUGUUAUUGCCAAAGAAUCGCUCGAAAAGAUUAGCAGGGGAAACAAGUAA